AUGAUCUAUCUGAAGAUGGCCGGUAAGAGCCACAACACCUCCAGAUCACGACAUCACCAGCUGACACGUCCACCAAAGAUCUCCCCCAACUCACUUACACGCCCGUCGACGACAUCUCCACCAUUCACAAGCGCGUCGUCGACAAAUUCCACACCCAUGCCACACGUCCCGCUGCGUACCGCUUGAAGCAGCUUCGUCAGCUGUACUGGGGACUGAAAGAUGAAGAGCCAGCGCUGAUGGAAGCAUGCAAGCUCGAUCUCGGAAAGAGCGCGUACGAGACCUAUCUGACCGAAGUAGGAUGGGUGCUCAACGAUAUCCUCUUCAUGUGCAAGAAUCUCGAGCGUUUCAUGAAGGAUGAGAAGGCCGAGGACACCAGCUUGAUGAACAUGGCCAUGUCGCCCAUGAUUCGAAAGGAUCCAUUGGGCGCCGUGCUGGUCAUCGGAGCCUACAACUUCCCAAUCCAGCUAUCGCUUGGUCCGUUCGUGGGAGCGAUUGCGGCUGGCUGUACCGCAGUGCUGAAGCCGUCUGAGAGUGCCCCGAACGCUGCCCGCAUUAUGCAACAUAUCGUUUCUCAGUCACUGGACCCAGAUGCCUAUCAAGUGGUCCAAGGAGAAAUACCCGAGACGACUGCACUUUUGGACUGCAAAUGGGACAAGAUCUUCUACACUGGAAACGCCCGUGUUGGCACCAUUAUUGCGAAGAAGGCCGCUGAGACAUUGACCCCGGUCACUUUGGAGCUCGGAGGAAGGAACCCAGCUAUCGUCAGCAAGAAUGCCGAUCCUCGUUUGGCAGCGCGACGACUUCUAUGGGCGAAGUUGAUGAACGUUGGUCAAGUCUGCGUCAGCCAGAAUUACAUCAUCGUCGACAAGGAGAUUCUUCCUGCCUUCCUGCAUCAGCUCGGGCAGGCUUUUAAGGAGUUCCAGCCCAAAGGGGCUGAAGCCUCUGAGGACUAUGGCAAGGUCGUCAACGAGCGCCAAUGGGAUCAUUUGAAGCGCAUGCUUGACAACACCAGUGGCAAGAUUCUUAUUGGUGGCAGGACUGACAGGGCGAAACUUUUCUUCGAGCCUACCGUUGUCCAGGUCUCGGAUCUGGAAGACUCACUGUUGGUCGAUGAAUCUUUUGGUCCAUUGAUCCCUAUCCUGCCCGUCAAUGAUCUAGACGAGGCCAUCCGCACUGCGAACAAGGUGCACGCUACUCCCCUAGGACUUUAUCCAUUCGGAACAAAGGCAGAGACGAACAAGGUGCUUGCCGAAACACGCUCAGGAGGCGCUUCGGUCAAUGACGCCUUCUUCCAUGCCUCGAUUCCGACUCUCUCGUUCGGCGGCGUUGGAGACAGUGGCAGCGGCGCAUACCGUGGCAAGGCUAGUUUCGACUGCUUUACUCAUCGGAGGUCCAUUACCACGACCCCUUCUUGGAUCGAAGGCCUGCUCUCUGUUCGAUACCCACCAUACACAAGCGCCAAGCUCAAGAGGCUACGUGCGAUGAACGACAAGAAACCAGACUUCGAUCGCAACGGUAACCCGACCGGAGGACUGGUAUGGUGGGUUCUUGGCCUCGGUGGUAAGGGCAGGGCUGGCGCUGGCGGACGGUGGGUCCUUGUGGCCGUCAUUGCGGCUUUGAUUCGAUACUGGAAGAUGAACAACUAA